UGGUGCGGUUUCAUGUUUUGGCAGCUUUCUCACAGGUCUGUGUGUAAAGUUAGACUAGGUGCAGAACUUCUCAAAAACUUUGUCAACAACAUUUUUUGGGAUUCUGAAUAGUUACCUCAUUUGUAAGUCGCUUUGGAUAAAAGCGUCUGCUACAUGACUAGAUGUAAAUGUGAAAUAGCAACAGAAUGUCUACAUUCAAAAAUACCUAUUUUCUCCUGCUUGUCCUUCAUGUAUACCCCGGAGAAUGUUUUGUGUUAUAUAAGACAGCUGGGGAAGACCUUUUAAUAGAGUGUGGUGUAUCGGAGGGUGAUGUCGAAUGGAAAUUUAACAAUAAUCUCAUCAUGUAUAUUAAUGGCAAAACAGGAUCUAAGCGGAGGGGUCCCUUAUAUUCACAAAAUCCGUCUAAAUAUCAUGCAACUACAAACACUUUGAAGAUAACCCGACUGGAUAAACGUGACUCUGGACCUUACUCCUGCUCACAUAAUAGAGAAUAUACUGUGCGUGUGGUGUCAGCUGGUCCUUUUUCAGUCUUUGUUAAACCAGGCACAGUGCUUCUCCAGUCUAGUGAUGCAGAGCUGUACUGUAAUGUUGAAGGAGAUCCCAACGCAAAAGUACAGUGGCUGAGACCUCCUGGUGGUCAACUAUAUCCUGAAAGAAAGCAAAUAAUUCACCUGAAAUCUUUGACUUUAAAUGAUGACGGCCAGUGGACAUGUCAGGUGGAAAACUUGCAGAUAGAUAUCACAUUGACUGUUGUUGGUCUCCAGACCAAAGGAACUAUUGAAGUGCAUGAAGGAGGUGACGUAGUUCUGCCCUGUUUUCUUACUCAACGUACAGCUCUGCAUAUAAUGGAUGGGAAAUGGGAGGCUGACCACCUUCCUGAAAUCUCUUCCGCAACGCUAAAAAACACACAUAACACCUUACAGUGCAUGGGCCACAACACAUCAAGAGUUUUAUUUACAAGUGGACAACUCGGCACCAACUAUACAAUCAAGAUGAUGAAAGUACAGGCCAGUGAUGAAGGAAUAUUUGUGUGUACUGUUGAGUUUGAUGGUGGAACGAAGCUGACUGCCAGCACAACGUUGACAGUUGUGUCCAACAAUUCAAGUAAAAAAGUGGACACCAGUGUGAAUGGGCAAACACCUGCAAGUGAGGGAUGGUGGACCAUAAAUCUGUUUGAUGUACAGUUGUGGAUCGGGAUUGCUGUGGGAGCAAGCUCUGUGGUUUUCAUUGGACUUAUUGCCUUGAUUGUUAUUGUCCAACGAAGAAACAAACGUAUAAACAAGCGAGCGGGACAAUUAAGAUCAAUGCAUCAACUUACCGCAGACAACUGUCAAUGUUACGACCUACUGCCAAUGUUACAGCGAAAUGCCAAUGUUACAGCCAACUGCCAGUGUUACAGGUUCUGAAUUCACCCAGUAAUCCUGCCAUGUAGAGAAGCAAAUCAUCCUGUUUCUUUACUCUUCUGUAAUAAUGCUAUAUGAGUGAUUCCUGUUACACAUUUUUAUGACUUUUUCCUCAUCGUUUUAGCGUUAAAAUUUCAUUUCAUUCCAUUAAUGUUUAUUUCAUUUGACCUUGUUUACACCAUAGAACUCACUAAAUUUACUGGUAAAGUCUAUCUCAGAAAGAGGACAUGGGUGAAUUCCCAUAAACCAAAAGGCCUUAGUUCAUUUUAGUCUAGGAAUAAACCCUGUCUGGAAAAUGGCCCAGUUGACAUUUGACAUUGUAUUUUUCUUAUCAUUCUGCCUUUUUUCUUUGUAAGAUCUUGGUAUAUGCUUUAAUGCAAAAUAAUGUAGUACAAAACUCUGGUGUUUUAUAACAUUUGUUCCUUUUAAGAUGACAGAGAGGAAGAAUAUGUGCAGGUGAGACCAGUUCCCGUCCCCAGACAACAGCAUAAGGCAAACAACCGAACAAAACCAUUUAACUGAGAGAAGCAUGUGGACAGCUGGAGUCACGCUUUUAUUGACAAAUGAUGACAAGACAUGAGAUUGUAAAAUUUACUAUCAAACGAGUAGGGAUGUAACGAUUCCCCAUGAGCCGGUUGAAAAUCGAUUAUAAUAUGUGAUGAGUCCGUUGAGAUGUUAAAUGAAUCGCAAUACAUGUAUUGAACAGCAGUGUUUACUGCAAACUUGGUAAACGUGGAUAUGCUGAUAUUUUAAAAAAGCACCAACAGAGACGUUUAGAAGAGACUUUUGUAUUAUUCAUUUUUUAUUUGAUUUGGAAUUUGUUUUAAAAUUGCAAUUUAGUUUUAUUAUUUGACAUAAAUGUUUAUUUUACAAAGAAAUAAAAAAUAAAAGGGCAGUUGUUAAUUUCUAAUUUGUCUCAACUCAUUGUAAAAACAAAUCGUGAAAAAAUUGUAUCGUGAGAUCGAGAAUCGAGUAAAUCAUUACAUCCCUAUGUAUUCUUUUCAAAAUCAUGUUCAAGUUUAUUUACAUUGUAUGUAUUUGCUGAUUUUAAAAUGUAAAUGUUUCUGUACGUCGCAUGACAUAAUGUUGAAUGUUGCAGUUUUUGUUUGCACAAUAAAUCAUUUAAUG